AUGAGGAUGUGGAGCUGGGAUCCGGCUCGGAGAUGGCCCCUUCUAACGGCGAAGAUUAACUGGAGGCACGGAGGUGCGACGCGGAGGGAUGUGAGAACCUGCGUAUGGAAUUCGAACUGGAUUCCAUUGAGUGCGAGCGUGUCUUGCGCUAUGGAGGCGGAACGUCGCAUACGAUACGAGAUCCGGCGCAGAAGUGAAGGGUGGAGCGAGGCCGGGUGA